UCUAACUCAACUGCCCAUUUAUUCUACUUUUCCGUCGUCAUAUCCAUGUCCGAAUCCAUCUAUAUCCUUCCUACUCUUUCUCAUUAUUCCUGUCUUUAUUUCCUGUAUCCUAUAAUCCCUACAUACAGGUUCUUAAAAAUUCAAAGCAAGCCAAAAAAAAAGGUAGGCCAAGACCUCGUGAGUUUGUAUUGCCAUAAAACAUUUGUUCAUUUUCUUUAAUAAAAAAUAGUUUAGUACUAAACGAAACGUCUUUUCGAUGCACAGUAAAGCCUUUUGGUGUAGUGUAAAUGCGCCUUAAGGAGCAUGCAGAAAACACUUCUGCUGUCAAUUUGUGGUGAACGCCAAAGGCAAACCAAUACAUACCAAGACCAAGCGAGUUGAACACUUUUUGUGCUUAUAAUUUUAAUUAAACAAUACUCCGCGGAAGAAAGUUGAGAGAUAUUUUACUGAGUGAACAGAUAAAUGAACGAAUAACUUAUUAAAUACUGUAGAUUGUGUGUACUGCUGUUAAGUGGUUUAUAUUUUUCGUGUCGUAUUGCCUGCGGUGAUGGAAGAUUCAGCAAUGAAACGCUAUGGUACAAGAUCAGCAAACGCUCCAGCGCUUUCGGUUCGCCCGUUCGGUGCGAUAAAAGAAGAAUUUCUUGAUGAAAACAAUAUGCUUGAUCACACAAUAGAACCGAUAAUAGAGGAUUUUCAGGAAACAAGCUCAUCCGAUUGCAGCAGUAAGGACCCAUUGCAAGAUGACAUAGAAGUCGGCAAAACAAGCAUCACAUUUCAGGAAACGCUCUUCACGAUAGAUGAUUUUAAAACAGAACCAAUUGACGCCAUCGAAGAAAAUGAAGAGAAUGACAGUGUCUUUGAACCAAGUCCCAAGAAAAGAAAGCGAGAUGAUCAAAUAGAACCACGAUCAAAUUCAGGCGGAUUACAGCAAGCUCAUCAAUCUGAAAGACGUAAAACUACAACGAAACGACAGUUUGAUCGUAUGGUGACCAUAUUUGAAGAGAAUAAGAAUUUGGAAAUGGCUAAUGGUCGGAAAUAUGGUGGUGACAAAUUUUGGAAAUUUGUUGCAAGCGAGCUAAACGUGCUAGGGCCACCUAUAAAAGAUGGCACUGGCUGGAAAAAGGUGUGGGCAGAUUUUAAAUCUACCCUUAAAAAAAAGAUUAUUAACAAUCGACGUGGUUAUGGCAUCGCUGAAGGAGAACUUAAGGGGUUUGCUUCUUUAGAGCAACGCGUGUUUGUACUGUUGAACAUGCCUCUGCCAACAACUGAAGCACAACCAACAGAAACGUGUGAAACACAACAUUUAUCUACCACGGAUGAGUCUGGACGAUAUGUUUCAUCACAGCCAAAAGUGGCAUUGCCACCGCAAGCAGGAGAACAUCCAGAAAAAACGAAAGAUGGCGACAAUGAAUACGAGCAAAAGAAUGAUUCCGAUGAAUCCACUAGCAAAAACAGCAUACACCAGUUGAAAUUGCUUCAGCAAAUCAAACAUAACGAUAUAGAAGAAAAGAAAUAUGCUUUAAAACUACAGGAACUUGAGUUAAGAAGAGACGAGUUAGAUUUAAAGAAAAAAGAUUUCGAAUUUAGAAAAGACAUAGCUUAUAAAAAUUUAGAUUUAAAAAAACAACUCCUAUAUCUCAAGCGAGAUAUAGCAAAUAGGGAAUUAGAGUUAAAAACAGCCAUAUGUAAUAAGGAAUUAGAGAUAAGACUUGAAAUGUUGGCGAUUGAAAAGAACCGAAACCAAUGAUACACUCAUUUUCAUUCAACGUCUUCAUAUAUGUAUGGAUUUAAAACAAAUACGACUAAAUGAGUAAUCAAAAGUCUACAGAUCUUGGCUCAUGGCUGAUGCUAUUUUAAGUUUAUUUUCGAAUAGCAAUUUUCUCAUUCAACCCUUUGUACUAAAAUUGAUCAAUCAAUCAAGAAUGAUGCACGAUGUAGCGGUACUGUGCACGACAAGGUAUGUGUAAAGAUAUUUAUUUUGUUUAUUUAAACUGCACAUGGUCAGGAAAUGAAAAUAAAUUGCAAAUGAGUAAUCAAUGAUACUAGGUUAAAAUAAAUCAUUAUAAUAAUUAUUAAUAAUUAAUAUAAAGUUAAAAUAAGUCAUACGGCCUGGCCGUCCUAAUUGAAACAAUAAAAAAAUUAAGUUAAAAUAAUAAUAAUUGUCGUCCGGCUGAUGUUCGGUUCCGGACGGUUUAAAGCGAUUACCAAAGAAAAAAAAAUCAAUUCUACCGGCUUUCAUUGAUGCUUAUGCGGAUUUAUAAGAAGAUUUCAUCUGAAAUGAAAAUUGACAAAUAUUUAAAUUAUACUAUAGGAUCAAAGACGACAAAAAUAAAAUCAAUGUUUCACAAUGCAAUACAGAGAAUUCGGAGUAUGCAACGCCAAAGUAAAUAAAUUUCCCACAAACCGUUAAUUGCCAUUUUAGUACACUUCUGAUGUAUGCAGUUAGGCCUUUUCGUGUAGUGUAAACGUACAUUAAGUUAUGUUGGAAAAAAAAGCUUCAACUGUCAUGAGCGGUCUACCUAGAAAUGAACGUGUGAAACAAUCCGAAACCGAGCGCGUCUGAUGCUUUCCGUGAUUUUAUCGUGAAAUAAGAUAUUUUCUGUAAAAUUUAGCUACCACAGUAUUGUUAAGUAAACGACAAAUCCGUUAAACACAGUGGUUUGUGUUUAGUGUCCUUCUGUGGUUAGAAUUCUUCGUGUUUUAUAACCUGGCAUUAUGGACGAUUCAACAAACAAUCGGUAUGGUACACGAUCAGCAGCUAAUCCGACACAAUUGGCUGAAGCAUCGACCACGAUAAAGCAAGAACCGAUCGAUGAAGACGUUCCUGAUAGUCGCCCCAAAGAACCGAGUGCAGCCACCAUGCAGCAGGAAGCAAGCUCAUCGAACUGUAGCAGCAGGGACCCGUUAGCUGAUGAAAUCGAAUUCGGCGAAACGGGCAUAUCAUUUCAGAAUGCAUUUUUCAAUGUAGUAGGAAAUGAAAUCAAAACGGAAAAUAUUAUCGCAGAAGAAAUUGAAGACAAUGGCGAUAUUGUUGGUUCAAGCACAAAGAGAAGAAAAAUCUGCGAGGAAGAUUCGGGCGAUGAUUCGAGCGCAACCAGAAGCACACAACAAUCGAUUGUACCAAUGUCAGCAAAGUUUAGUGACGUUUGGCUACAUUUCGUAGUACAGGGCAAAGCAGCCAAAUGCCGUUACUGUGGUAAAUUCAUCUCCAUGUCGAAUAGAUCAACUUCGAAUUUAAAGCGGCACAUAAAAAACUUGCAUCCUUCCAUUCCAUUUAAUAGAGCUGCACCAAUGGAAUCUUCAACACCUUCAACAUCAAAGUAUGAAAUUGCCAUGAUUGAGCCAGGUACUUCUAAGAAUCAAAAGUCCAAUCCGGUAAGCGAUACAAACGUUGUUGAGCAAUGCAAACCGAUGUCGUUAAUGCAAAACAGACAAUUGGAUGAAGCUUUGUUUCAAAUGAUUUGCGACGAAUGCUUACCAUUCAACAUAGUGGAAGGAGAGAAGUUUAAGAAGUUUAUUCAUUUGCUGAAUCCAAACUACGAACCACCUAGUCGUAAAAUGCUGUCCAACGGUUUGCUCACCAGUAACUACUUAGAAGCAUUAGAAAAGAUUACCGCCAAUUUUACGAAAAUAAAAUCCGUAGCUCUCACCUCGGAAGGUUGGCUGAAUUACAACAAUACCAACUGCUUAGCGAUAACGGCACACUAUAUAAAUGAGGAUUUUAGCUUGUGCUCCAACCUUUUGGAGUGUUCCAUAUAUUCAAAUGAGCAUACGGCCCGUCACAUAGCAGACUGGUUGAAACAGGUUGUGUUAAAGUAUAAAAUCGAAAACAAAGUACAAGCAAUAAUUACAAACAAUGAGGCCAACAUGCAAAUUGCAAUAAAUGAAAUGAAUGUUCAGCAUCUUCCCUGUUUCGCCCACACGUUAAAUUCACUCGUGCAAAAUGCUAUACAACAAUCCAUUAAGGCCACGGUCGAUGAAGUUAAAACAAUUGUGGCAUUCUUCAAAAACAACAGCAACGCAUCGCAGAAACUUUUGGAAGCACAAAAUAAACAUAAUUUAUCAAGUUUCAAGCUAAAGCAAGAUGUAGGGACGAGAUGGAAUUCUACGUUCGACAUGAUUGAACGAUUCCAUAAAAAUAAAGUACCAAUACUGUUGUGCUUAGAUGCGUUGAAGGUAAACAAUAAUGUAUCUGAUAAUGAUUGGACCAUUAUGGAGCAAAGCAUUGAAGUGUUGCUAAACUUUGAUCAUGCUACAAAAGUGCUGUCGGCGGAAAAAUCAGUCCCACUGUCACAGAUAGGUCUGUUAUCAAAUAUUCUACUAACGAAAACACAAGCAGCUUUGAAUGACGGUAUGGAUGAUACAGUGAAAAAAUUAACGUCCUCCUUAAUCCAAGGACUUUCGGAUGGGUGUAAGCCUUACAUUAAAAGUAAACUAGUGAGUUGGGCAAUGAUGUUAGAUCCCAGAAUGAAAGGCCACAGUUUUGAAAGUGAUUCACAGAGGUAUGAAGAAACGUAUCGGCACUUGAUUGAAGUAAUUAUACCACUGAAGACUCCAAAUACUUCAGCACUUGGAGCUGUCGCUCGAAAACCGUUUGCUAACCCUUGCCAUCAAAGUCUUUUUAGCGAUUUUGCAACUAGCAUCAAACGCGUUAAGAGCAACAAUAAUCCAGAGGAUGCGGCGAAAUUGGAGCUUGAUGAGUAUUUGAAAAUGGACUGUAUAGAGUUAACCGAAGAUCCGCUUUGUUGGUGGAAAACGUACGAACCCAAAUUUCCGGCUUUGUAUCAAGUUGUUCAAAAUCUAUUUUGCAUUCCUGCGACAUCGGUUCCGUGCGAACGCAUCUUUUCUAAACGCGGGCAAAUAUAUGCCGAGAAACGAUCCAAGCUUGUACCCAAAAAAAUGUCCCAAAUUCUGUUCUUACAGGAUACCAACAAAGAUUUGUAGUAAUCGCAUGACCAACGCGGUAUUGUGAGUGUUUUCGAUGGAGUUUUGUGUUCAGCGAACAUAAACAAAGUUUUACAAGGUUACGGAUACCUAAGUUUUCAAUAUUUUGUUUUACCUGUAUCUUUCGAUAACUAGUUAAAUAAUACGUUAUUGCCGCUCAAAGAAGUUUUAGUGGACAGUUAGAUAGGCCGCAAUUUGGAUCCAGCUUACUCCUUAUAUUAAUCGGAAUUGGACCUUUGAUUCUUAAAAGUCUAGUCAUUUUGCUAUAAUAUUUUUAAGUUCCAAAUAAAAAAAAACAUACAAGUAAAAGCUUAGUACCCGUAAAAUAUUACACCUUAUAUUGGAUUAAAGCUUUUCUGUACAGGUUUUCUAAGACAUUAGCAUAGAUGUAUAGGUAAUAAUAUGUAAAUAAAUAUGUAAUAUUAUUUAAGAAAAUAAAACAUAAAUUGAACUCACUCAUUUGAGUAAAAUAAUAAGUAAUUAUUGAAAAAUUUAAAUUAUCUAUAUCUAUAACAACAACUGAUUAGCUUACGGUUUAACAGGCUGGUCUGCGUCUUUCUCAAGGCUUUCAACAAGCGUAUUUUUUCCAGCUAGCUGGUAUCUCUCUAUCCAUAUCCGUAGAGCAAGCACACUGCCUAAUUUGGUUACUUAUCAUGCUUUCCUCUCUACAUAGAAAAAUAUCUUGAUUUGCAAAAUUCUCACUUCAAUACACAGUCUUGGUGCAUCUAGAGAAGGCCAAGAUUUAUGGUUUCUACAAAAAUACAUGUGAGAUAGUUUUGUUAUUUUGAUUAUUGAUAAGAGUUUACUUUUUUGGUAUGGAUAACGAUUGACGAUCGUCUACACACUCUCCAAGACAAGAAGGUAUACUUUCUGGACAGUCUCUCUCUCUCUCUCUUGUUGGCUUUUAACGACCUCAAAGGUCACGCCGACCAUUUCUGGCUUACGAGACUAUUUUUUACCGCGUAGCCGGAUAGUCAGUCCUUACUACGGGAGACGGUCCGGAUGGGAUUUGAUCCCCGGUCCUGCCGCGUGGACCGGCGCCGUUUAUCACAUACAUCACCAGAGGGCGGCCCUCUGGUCAGUAUCAAUCGUAUUAAGGAAAUUAUUGACCGAACGAUUAUAGACUGCAGCCAAAGAUUAGAAAGGCUCUGUAUGUUCAUUAAAGAAACUGUGUUAUCUAGCUGUAGGAGAUCGUAUCUUUGUGCUAAAAUAUAAACCAAAACAUGAUGUGCAUGCAACUAUAAUUGUGUCGUUUGCUACCGGGUAUAUAGCGGGUAAGCAUAAUUACAAAACUCACCAUUGUUGUACAAUUAUGCACUGAUCA